CAAGCUGCAGUAAAGCAUUGCACAGGCUGCUUACAGAGAUGCCAAACGAUGACAGGCUGGUCAGUGGGAAUGUGACAGUAUCCGCCCUUGCAAAAUAUUCGACCCUUGCAAAAUUGUAAACUGGGGGAAGGGGGAAUGAAGGUGGGAAUAAUCAUUGCUGUUAUUGUGACAACUCAGUAAAGGGGGAACGGUGACCGCUGGCCCCUGGGGCUGCAGGAGGAACCCGAGCCUUUGUCGGAGGGCGUGGGUGCCUUGGGACUGUACCGCCCCUCAGCGGUGUAUGUGCUCUGGGAAGGGGAGGCCUAAGCCGCGGCUGGAGCAAGGGGCCAGGCCUGACUUUCCCCGGGGAAGGCGGGGAGGGGCCGUACGCGGGGCGCCGCGCUGCGCCGGCCCCGGAGCGGGCGCAGGGACACGCCGGGCGCGCUGCCGGUCGGCCUGUCUCCGCGUCCGGUGUCGCGCGGCCGGCGGGGAGGGGACGGGGACCCGCGCGGGCGGCCAUGACCCAGGCCGAGAAAGGCGAAGCGGAGAACGGGAAAGACAAAGAGCGGGACAAGGAGCGGGAGCAGCGCGGGGCCAAGCGGCCCAUCGUCCCCGCCGCCGUGCCCGAGUCCCUGCAGGAGCAAAUACAAAGCAACUUCAUUGUUGUGAUACAUCCUGGAUCAACAACUCUGAGAAUUGGGAGAGCCACUGACACACUUCCUGUUGGUACUCCCCAUAUCAUUGCAAGAAGACAGAAACAUCAAGGACAACCUGUGUACAAAGAUAGUUGGCUCCUAAGAGAUGGACUCAAUAAACCUGAAAGUACUGAGCAAAGACAAAAUGGCCUUAAAAUGGUGGACCAAGCAAUAUGGUCCAAAAAGAUGUCAAAUGGUGCAAGGCGUAUACCAGUGUCACCUGAUCAGUCUCGAUCAUACAAUAGACAGAUGCGGCCGGCUAUUCUAGAUCACAGCUCUGGGAACAAAUGGACAAAUACAUCCCAUCAUCCUGAGUAUCUGGUAGGAGAAGAGGCGCUAUAUGUUAAUCCUUUAGAUUGUUAUAAUAUUCAUUGGCCUAUCCGAAGAGGACAGUUAAACCUUCACCCGGGGCCUGGCGGCUCCCUUACUGCAGUACUAGCAGAUCUUGAAGUUAUCUGGUCGCACGUAAUACAAAAAUAUUUGGAAAUACCACUGAAAGACUUAAAGUAUUACAGAUGCAUUUUACUGAUACCAGACAUCUAUAAUAAACAGCAUGUGAAAGAACUGGUACAUAUGAUCCUAAUGAAGAUGGGCUUUUCAGGUAUAGUGGUCCAUCAGGAGUCUGUCUGUGCUACUUUUGGAAGUGGCUUAGGUAGUGCGUGUAUAGUAGAUGUAGGGGAUCAGAAGACAAGUGUUUGCUGUGUAGAGGAUGGCGUUUCACACCGUAACACCCGGUUGUGCCUUGCAUAUGGUGGGUCUGAUGUAUCAAGGUGUUUUUACUGGCUUAUGCAGCGAGCUGGGUUUCCUUACAGGGAUUGCCAGUUAGCUAAUAAAAUGGACUGCCUUCUCCUUCAGCACUUAAAAGAGACAUUUUGUCAUUUAGACCAGGAUAUUUCUGGAUUGCAAGACCAUGAGUUUCAGAUUCGUCAUCCAGACUCUCCAGCCUUAUUAUACCAGUUCCGUUUAGGGGAUGAAAAACUACAGGCUCCGAUGGCUCUGUUUUAUCCAGCAACUUUUGGAAUUGUUGGGCAGAAAAUGACAUCUUUGCAACACAGGUCACAGGGUGACCCAGAGGAUCCUCAUGAUGAACAUUAUCUAUUAGCUACCCAAAGUAAACAAGAGCAGUCUGCAAAAGCUACAGCUGAUAGGAAGUCCAUGUCCAAGCCUGGUGGAUUUGAGGGAGACUUGCGUGGCCAGUCCUCAGACAUUUCAGAGAGGAUGUAUCCACAAGAAGUGGAACUGGGAUCCUCUCAGAGUGAUUGUAUAAUAGCUGGAAAUGAAUCUGAGGAACCCCUAGCAGCACACAUGUCCAGGAAAACCGCUAUAUCCCAGUUUGAAGGCAAAGCACUAGGCCUUGACAAAGCCAUUCUUCAUAGUAUUGACUGCUGUGCAUCUGAUGAUACCAAAAAGAAGAUGUAUAGUUCUAUCCUAGUAGUGGGAGGAGGUCUGAUGUUUCAUAAAGCUCAGGAAUUUCUUCAGCACCGAAUUCUCAACAAAAUGCCUCCUUCUUUCAGAAGAGUUGUUGAAAAUGUAGAAGUCAUUACAAGACCUAAGGAUAUGGAUCCACGCUUGAUUGCAUGGAAAGGAGGUGCAGUUUUGGCCUGCCUGGAUACAACCCAGGAGCUAUGGAUCUAUCAGCGAGAAUGGCAACGCUUUGGUGUCCGGAUGUUACGUGAGAGAGCUGCAUUUGUGUGGUAAUCUAACGAGAUUAUAGUGGAACCUCAAUUAACUGAAUAUUACUUUUCAAAAUUGUCCUGUUGUCCGAAGAAAGCUCAUUUCCCCUGCUUGUGGUUUGAGACUUUUUUUUUAAAAAAUAUGCUAGUUUUUGGCUGAGGUUUUUCAGAAGAGCCUGAAUUAGGUGCCAGAAUCCUAUUGAGUCAAAAGGGAAGUAAGUGCCUAAAAUGCAUGGGCACCUUUAAAAAUCCCAAGUUUUUGGCUUUUUACAUACAGAUUUCUGUGCAUAUGAGUGCUCCUGCUUUAUCCAAAUAAAUUAUAAACAGUUAGGUCACAAGUCAAACUUAGUGUAUAAAAUACUAAAGUGGCAUACAGACAGACAUGCAUUUGUAAAUAAGUAACAUUAUACUGAAUGAUUUGGUCUUAACGUUAGAAGCAGUAAGUCUAGACCUGGAAGCUUUUAAAGGAAAAUUGCAGUGCCUCUUAAUAGGACUGAUUUAAAAUGUAAUGGAUAUGACUCCUCUUAAACAUUUUAAACCAUUAAGACCAGAACCCUGUGAAAAAGUGAAAUUAAGUACCGUUGAGGAACAAAGUAAGUAUCUUAACACAGCUUUUUCCUUCUGUAUGAUCUUCAUGAAUUUUAUUUAAUGCAAUGUUACUUCUCACACUUCUUUUAUUCUUUAGAAAACUCUAUGUAGAGUUUUUGUCCAUAUAAAUAUACAAACUUCUGGUGGUUACAAAUACUUUAAUUGGACAAGUUUAAUGAAAAAAAUGGAACAAAAUAAAUACAAGAUAUACAUAUCAUCAUCCCUGUUAAAUGUUUAAUAACUACUAAAAUGAGUAGCAGCUUACAGCUACUCUUCCUAGUGGUGUGUUUUCUUCCAGAAUCAGUGCUAACUUCAGAGAGAGAGACCAUUUCUCUAUAACAAUUGAACUGUGUUUCACCUAUUUUCUUGCAUGUUUUCACUGUCAGGAAGACUUGUCAACAUCCAAAAUCACUGACACAGUUUUUGGCUCCUACCCCCUUAAAAUAUCCCCAAAACACUGCAUCUGAGCCAACACACCAAUGUUCAGUGCUAUCACAGUACAAGCAGCAGGAGCUCACCUUUGAUAGGUAGCCCUUAUUCACACAGAAGGAUGAAGACGAUCAUGAAACUGAAAUCCUUCUCAUUACUGUCCAUUGCAUAGAUAGGCAAAAAAGCCGUACACUAACUGUAAAAAGUUAUCAAAUGUUAUCUGAAGUGACAAUUUUGAAAUCUCCAGCUCACCCACAGUGGUACCACCCUGCUACUGUUAAUCCCACCCCACAACUAGUUGAUGGCAACAUUCAGCAUUAUGGGGGAGUAUGCCCAGAGCAUUCCUGCACUGCUAGCGCUUUGUCUGUUGUCGCUUAUCCCACCCUGCCUGUUGUAGCAAUCUACUCUAGACUAUAAAUACAAACCUCACAGGGAUACUUCCAGCAUUUUAGUGACUACCAAAGAGGCAUCUACUUUUUUAAAAACAAAAGAAAAUUUGUUCUUUUUAAGAGCUAAUUUUCCUGUCACUGAAAGUUCUCUUGGAAAAUGCAUUUAUGUUAAAACAUUGGUGUAAUCUUAAACUAAAAGCAGCGAGGUAUAUCAGUGUGCCAUUCCUGUACAUUUGUUGCAGGCAGCUGAAGACAGUCUGUCUCUGACUUUUUUUCGUCCCAAGGUACUGGAAGCAUAACCAACGAAUACCCAAUCUGGUAUCUUUGUCUGUCCAAGUUAAAUAUUGUUGCUAGUUUUGCUGUAACAAAAAGGGUCCACAAAUCUAACUGUAUAAAACAAUUAUUUAAUUUUUUAAAAUGUGGUAGCUGAACCGUAUUACAGAAAAUGUACAUAUUUACAGAGAUCAUAUUUGAUUUGAUAGACUUCAAAUGGGUUCUGUACAAUAAACGUUUCAUAAUUCCA